GCCCCGGCAGCAGCAGUUGGGCUGAGCUGGGCCGGCACGGCUGGCGGCGGAACCGGGAAGGCUAAUCCGCCGCAGAUUCCCGCGCUCACGGCUUGUGGCUUGCAUUUCAGCCGCCUUCUUUCCGUCCCCGAGAGCUGCGCAGAAAGAUGGAUCGGCACCGGCCUCGGCUGCACCACCCGAAGCAGGGCUCGGCCGCCGGGGCCCCCUACCCCUCCUCAGCCUCGCUCCGUAGCUGCCGGGAAAGCAAGAUGCCGGGCCGGAAGGGCCCUCAGCACCCUCCGCCCAGCGGCGCGGAGGAACCUGGAGAGAAACGCCCCAAGUUUCAUUUAAAUAUUAGGACACUGACGGAUGAUAUGCUGGACAAAUUUGCCAGCAUACGAAUUCCAGGAAGCAAAAAGGAGAGACCUCCACUUUCCAACCUGAAGACUGCAUUUGCAAGCAAUGAUUGUUCUUCAGAGAUGAUGGAAAACAUUCCAAAGCCACUGUCAGAGAGUGAAGUCUUAAAACUCUUCGAAAAGAUGAUGGAAGAUAUGAAUUUAAAUGAAGAUAAGAAAGCACCAUUGCGGGAAAAGGACUUCAGCAUCAAAAAAGAAAUGGUGAUGCAGUACAUUAAUACUGCUUCCAAGACAGGAAGUCUUAAGAGUAGGCGACAGAUCUCACCUCAGGAAUUCAUCCAUGAACUGAAAAUGGGGUCUGCAGAUGACAUUGUCACAUGCCUGGAGUCCCUCCGCGUAUCUUUGACUAGUAAUCCUGUCAGUUGGGUGGAAAGUUUUGGACAUGAGGGGCUUGGAUUAUUACUGGACAUUUUGGAAAAACUGAUUAGUGGCAAAAUACAAGAAAAAAUUGUAAAGAAGAAGCAGCACAAAGUCAUACAGUGUCUAAAAGCUUUGAUGAAUACACAGUAUGGCUUGGAAAGAAUUAUGAGUGAAGAGAGGAGUCUUUCUCUAUUAGCCAAAGCCAUCGAUCCCAAGCACCCAAGUAUGAUGACAGAUGUGGUAAAACUCCUCUCUGCAGUAUGCAUUGUAGGGGAGGAAAGCAUCCUUGAAGAGGUUUUAGAAGCUUUAACAUCAGCUGGAGAAGAAAGAAACGUUGACAGAUUUUCAUCUAUUGUGGAAGGUCUCAGGCAUGAUUCAGCUCAGCUGCAGGUAGCAUGUAUGCAACUCAUCAAUGCCCUUGUUACAUCUCCUGAUGAUUUGGACUUCAGGCUUCACAUCAGAAAUGAAUUUAUGCGUUGUGGAUUGAAAGAGAUAUUGCCAAAUUUAAAAUGUCUGAAGAAUGAUGGCUUGGAUAUCCAACUGAAAGUCUUUGAUGAGCAUAAAGAAGAAGAUUUGCUUGAGCUCUCCCAUCGCCUUGAAGAGAUUAGAGCUGAGCUUGAUGAAGCAUAUGAUAUUUACAACAUGGUGUGGAACACAGUUAAGGAAACUAGAGCGGAAGGAUAUUUUAUUUCCAUUCUUCAGCAUCUUUUGCUGAUUCGAAAUGAUUAUUUUAUAAGGCAACAAUACUUCAAAUUAAUUGAUGAAUGUGUAUCUCAGAUUGUUUUGCAUAGAGAUGGGAUGGAUCCAGACUUCUCAUAUCGAAAGAGACUAGAUUUAGAUUUAAGCCAGUUUGUCGAUGCUUGCGUAGAUCAAGCGAAGCUAGAAGAGUUUGAAGAGAAAGCAUCAGAACUUUACAAGAAAUUUGAAAAAGAGUUUACCGACCACCAAGAAACUCAGGCUCAAUUGCAGAAAAAAGAAGCAAAGAUUAAUGAACUUCAAGCAGAGUUACAAGCUUUUAAGUCACAGUUUGGUGCCUUGCCAACCGAUACAAGUAACUCUUCGCCAUUGGCAGAAGAAAAUGGAUCUGGCCUUCCAGCACUUGCUUCUUCCCUGCCGCUGCCCUCCUGUGGAGGAGUGCCUCCUCCCCCUCCUCCCCCACCCCCUCCUCCCCUUCCAGGAAUGCCCCUGCCCUUUGGUGGUCCUGUGCCUCCACCGCCUCCCCUGGGAUUUCUCAGUGGGCGAAACUCUCCUCCUCCACCAACCCUACCUUUUGGGUUAAAACCAAAGAAAGAAUUUAAGCCCGAAACCAGCAUGAGAAGAUUGAAUUGGUUAAAGAUCAGACCUCAUGAAAUGACUGAAAACUGUUUCUGGAUUAAAGCAAAUGAAAAUAAGUAUGAAAAUGUGGAUUUGCUUUGUAAACUUGAGAAUACGUUUUGUUGCCAACAAAGAGAGAGAAGAGAAGAGGAAGAUUUGGAAGAGAAGAAAGCUAUUAAGAAAAAAAUUAAAGAGCUUAAAUUUUUAGAUUCUAAAAUUGCCCAGAACCUUUCAAUCUUCUUGAGCUCUUUUCGGGUGCCAUAUGAAGAAAUCAAAAUGAUGAUAUUGGAAGUGGAUGAAACACAGUUGGCAGAGUCUAUGAUUCAGAACCUAAUAAAGCAUCUUCCAGAUCAAGAACAGUUAAGUUCACUGUCUCAGUUCAAGAGUGACUAUAACAACUUAUGUGAACCCGAGCAGUUUGCUGUUGUGAUGAGCAAUGUGAAGAGACUCCGGCCACGGCUCAGUGCUAUUCUCUUUAAGCUUCAGUUUGAAGAGCAGGUGAACAGCAUCAAACCUGACAUCAUGGCUGUCAGUACUGCCUGUGAGCAGAUAAAGAAAAGCAAAAGCUUUAGCAAGUUGCUGGAACUUGUGUUGCUAAUGGGAAACUACAUGAACGCUGGCUCCCGGAAUGCUCAAACCUUCGGAUUUAACCUUAGCUCUCUCUGUAAACUAAAGGACACGAAGUCCGCAGAUCAGAAAACAACACUACUUCAUUUUCUGGUGGAAAUGUGUGAAGAGAAGUACCCUGAUAUCCUGACUUUUGUGGAUGAUUUGGAACAUUUAGACAAAGCUAGUAAAGUCUCUGUAGAAACGCUGGAAAAGAAUUUGAAGCAGAUGGGAAGGCAGCUUCAACAGCUUGAGAAAGAUUUGGAAACCUUUCCCCCUCCUGAGGACUUGCAUGAUAAGUUUCUGACAAAGAUAUACAGCUUUGUUGUCAGUGCAAAAGAACAAUACGGGAAACUUUUAAAGUUACACGAAAACAUGGAAACGUUAUACCAGAGUGUGAUGGGAUACUACGCCAUUGAUGUGAAGAAGGUGUCUGUGGAAGACUUUUUUAAUGACUUGAAUAACUUCAGAACCACAUUCAUGCAAGCAAGAAAGGAGAACGUCAAAAAAAGAGAAGCAGAGGAAAGGGAAAAACGUGCCCAAAUAGCCAAAGAAUUAGCAGAGAAAGAAAGACUUGAACGCCAACAAAAGAAAAAGCGCUUGUUAGAAAUGAAGACUGAGGGUGAUGAGACAGGAGUGAUGGAUAGUCUGCUGGAGGCUUUGCAGUCGGGGGCUGCCUUCCGCGACCGAAGAAAAAGGACACCAAAGCCAAAAGAUAUUCGGCGAAGUUUCAGUCCCAUGUCUCAGCGGCCUGUUCUGAAAGUUUGUAACCAUGAAAAUCAGAAAGUGCAGUUGACAGAAGGGUCACGUUCACACUACAAUAUCAAUUGCAACUCAACGAGGACUCCAGUCGCCAAGGAGCUUAAUUAUAAUCUAGACACUCAUACGUCUACAGAGAGGAUCAAGGCAGUUGAGAAGAAGGAAGCCUGUAAUGUAGAAAGCAACAGAAAAAAGGAAAUGGAACUUCUUGGCUCUGUUUCUAAAAACGAAUCUGUUCCCGAAGUUGAAGCCCUGCUGGCAAGAUUACGAGCUUUAUAAAUUAAACUGGUAAAAAAUGAUUAAGCCAAAUAUAAAGCAAUGCUCUAAGCUAUAACACUUGAAAAAAUGCUUUUUAUAUAAGUGACUUUAUAUAGUUUAAAUUAUGAUAUAUAUUAGAAAAAUAAAGCUAACUACAUGAUUGCAAUGCUUUUUCUAUGUACUUGAGGAUUUGGCUUAUUCAAGAUUGUAAUGGGUUUUAAUGCUUUUCUUGUCUCCUGGUAUUCAUGUGUUCUAUAUUUGGUGGCUAAGUUAUACAUAAUGCUUUAGAGAACAGGUAGGUAGCCAUGUGUUCAGCAAUGUGUCCUGAAGAGAAUACAUUUUAUUAAGUCACUGUAAUUUUUACCUUACUGUUUUUAGCAUUAAUGAAUAUCAAAUUAUAAUGUCAACUCUUGGUGUGUGUGUAUGCAUGUAUAUAUGGUGUGUGUGUAUAUGUAUAAUAUAUAUAUAUUUAUAUAUUAUAUACAUACACAUAUAUAUGUGUGUAUAAUAUAUAUAUAUAUAUAUAUUUCCCAUGCAUGUCAUUUAACAUAGGCCCAAGUUUCUCCUUAGUUGGGAUCUACAUGCUAUCAACGCAACAUCAGAAACAUGAAAUUGAAUGUAACAGAGCUGUAAGGAAAUGAAUGCAAGCUCAUUAUUAUAAUUGUUGAGUUCGUGUUAAUUAGAGCCUGCAGGAGACUAUAAGGCCGUUGAGCACAUUUCCAAAAAUGAUGUACUAGCAAGGUAUGCCCUCUUCGUGAAAUGCACAUGCUUUUGUAUAAAGUAGAUGUAUAUGGUGUUAGAGUGCUGCCGAAACUCAACUGCGAGAGCAUUUUUCCCCUUGGUUAUUAUGACUCUCAGGAGGUAGCAUCUUGAAACUUCCCAAGUAACGAAGUUUUUUGUUUUUUUUUUUUUUUCUGUGAACAAACUUGAAAUUACAGUCUCUUUGAUCUGACAAUCAAUAAGUUUAACAAAGAUCUAAAGUGUUUCAAGGAAAGUUUCCUAUGCAUAUGUUGCAAUUUUCCCUCAUUUGGGGCACUGAAUUAACUCUUAAUCCUAUACAAAAGAAAAUAAACUUGCUACUCGCACUAAAUGAAAAAAUUGGGUGUUUUUGUAGCUAGCAUAUUCUGUGGAAAUAGCCUGUGCUAUGCAGUCUAUCUAAGCAUCUAUUUUGCUUUAUUAUGUGCAGUAAAUAAAUGACUGCUCUUUUACCUUCAGUUAAAAAGCAGUUAUGUGGAACCAGUCUGGCGAGGUCCACUGCUUUUUAUUUCCUUGUUUAAGUUGCCACCUCCUUUCAGCUCCAAGUUAAUAAAGUUAAUUAAUUAGAACUAUGAACCAGGCCCUGUUUAUAGACAUUGGGGAACAGAGUGUUAUCCACAGCCUAUGCAGGAAUAAAUUGUUCUCCUAUGUAUGGCUGAAAUAGAAAUUGCACUCAGAGGGCAAAAUGCAUAUUUUCCUGAAAACAAAUCUUAACAAUGAAGAAAGGUGAAGGACAUUUACACAUUUUAGCAGACAGGACCCUAACAGCAAGAAAAGAAGUGAAAGAAAAGAAUUCUGACGAUCAGUUCUUAACAUGAUUUUGCAAACACUUGGGCUUUUCAGAAGCAAAACUGAAAUUCAGCCAGAUAGUUUGGACAUACCAGGUGGCAUGUAAACACUCUGGAAACUUGGGGCCAGGGAGCAGCCACAAGGGAGAAGCAGCCUGGCAAGUAAAGGGAAGUGAAGAUGACAUAGACCCCCAAGGGCAGAGAAAUGCAGGCAAGUCCUAAACAGACGCAGUCAGCCCCCAGCACCUGUCUGCAGGAGUGGAAGGACAGCCAGCUAGUGGGAGGACCAGCAGGGGCCGGCCUCCUGCAGGUCAGGGGCCCCACUCCCUCUGCCUCCCUGGCAGGAGUGUGUUCUGAUCAGGCCUGGAUAGGGGACUAUGUUUUGUGUUUCCCUCUCCACACCUAAAGAGCAAACAGAGGUAAGAGCCAACCAAGAAACAGCUCAUUUUCUGCUGCAGAAAUUUCAGUGAUAAAUGCUCCUUCAACAAUGGGCAGGGGGGUAUGAUUAGGGUUUUUAAAUCCAUAUUAUUCCUUUAGCCAACUUUAGAUGAAAACUAGACAUCAAGGUACAAGUUCAUGUUUCUGAGCAGUUUAUUCUUUUGAAUUUGCAGGUAAAUGUGAAGCCAAAACACAGCUCAGCACCCUUGACAAGGAUGUUCAUCCAGGCUAGUGACAAACCCCAACUGGGUUCCCACCCCCUCUCAGGUCAGCGUAAAUAAUUUGGCAAAAACACACAGACAAGUAAGCACUCAAAUACAACGAGUUGUCCAAAAGCAAAGACCUGCUGCUAACAAGUUUUCCCAUAUAUUUGA